AUUAAAGAAGUCACUCAGAAGAACUCGGCUACAUCAGACUGCAGGUCAGAUUUGUCCUUGAGCUGCCAACAGAUCAGCUCACCUUUCCUAACCUUAGCCAUUAGAUGAGAGAUUGCAAAAUCGACCCUGCCUGACGCACUGCGCUCUCCUGGAUAAUCCUCAUCAACCAGACAAUCUGAAUUCACUGAAACAGCCCACUUUCACAUCAUAACUGCGCCGGCAAUCAUUCAUCUUCAAGUGCUCUGAUGGAUUACAGUUUCAUUAUGCAUUGUUCCCAUAAAUAAAAGUGUAAUCACUGGCUGACAAUGUCACGACAUCCCUCUUUCAGAUAUAAAGGGAAAACCUAUCGCUCCACCAUCCGCAUCGUCCGCCUCGCAGACCAGAUCCCAGACUUCUGCCGUAAGGUGUGCGUGAAGUUGCAGUGCUGCCCGAACCUCUUCAGCCCUGUCCUCGUCACCGACAAGUGCCCGGAGAACUGCUCCGUUCAGACCAAAACCAAAUACACCUAUUACUAUGGGAAGAAGAGGAAGCUGUCCAAGCCGACGGGAGGAGAGGAGGCAGCCGAGGGAGAGCUGGCCAAGCCGACGCGCCGCAGGAAGAAGAGGAAAGCUAUCUUUGUGCAGAAGAAGAGACGCUCGUCAGCUGUGGACUACACUCCUGCUGGCUCACCGCAGGACAGCGAGGAUGAUGAAGAGAUGGCGCUGCAGUCGGGCAGCGAAGGCACCAGCUCGGAGCCCCGAGAGGACCACACCGACGCCUCCUCGGUGGAGGUGACCAGCAGCCGUCCUCGCCGGGCUGCUACGCUGCGCAGGGCCUUCAGCGCCGGCAACACUCCCAGCAGCCAGGAGGCCCCAGAGGGCCGCAGGAGGUCGACACGCUCGCUGUCGGCUUACAACCAUAACAGCAAGUACCAGCCUCCCAAAGGACAAGACGUGCAGGUGGAGGAGGAGGACGGUCAGCUGGUUUUGGACAGAAACCCUCUCGAGUGGAGCGUCGAUGAAGUCGUUCAGUUUAUCAACUCUACUGACUGUGCGUCCCUGGCCAACAUCUUCCAGGAGCAGGACAUCGACGGUCAGGCCCUGCUGCUGCUAACUCUGCCCACCGUACAGGAGUGCAUGGACCUGAAGCUCGGCCCUGCCAUCAAACUGUGUCACCAGAUAGAGCGCGUCAAGGUUGCCUUUUACAGACAGUACGCCAACUGAUCAAGGAGCAGCAAUGGCAAGUCGCCCACUGAACACCCGCUCAGUGGAAAGAGAAGUUGUGGUCCUGCACCACUGGGAAAUGUUGGAUUAGGUGCCUCCUGGUGGAAAGUUUCGGAAAGAUGGAUUUCCAACUUGGAAGAAGGAGGGAUAUUUUCUGGAGCGGUUGUGAUGGAAAAGCACAAACUAAGUCACAAACAGGAGAAGGUUUCCCUAUGAGAAGCUGAAGGAUGGAUUUAUGGGGUACUGUUGGUGUGAAAAUGUGACGCAGUACCCACAAAAACGUCCCCACUGCCGACUGUGGCGGAACAAAACACAUGGGGGUGGAUCCAUGUGCUUUACUGAACUGUGAAGAAGUUGUUAUGAGAAGCUGAGGACUCGAUUCUGAAGACAUUUGUGUUUAUUUCUUACUUUUCAUUUCUAUUUUUAUUUGUGCUAGAGGAGCAUUUAAGUUAAAAAUAAUCACUGACCAUUGAGAGUUUUCCCCUUUUUGUUUGACGUAACUGAUUCGGAAAGUAUAUAUUUGAAAAGUAUUUAACAAACCAGUGAUUAAUAUAUUUGGAAUAUUUAUUUAAUCUAUUUGAAUUUAGAGAAAAUAAUUGGUCAGUUAUAAAAUAAUGUCAUUAUUAACUCUUUUUCUGCUGAAACAAAGCCCUGAAAGAUGUCUAAGUUAUUCCACAAACAGACAGAGGAUGUGCAUUUAUUUAGAUUUACACUUCAGUUGUGUUUAUGGAGGAGAAACAGGUGUUUGGGGAAAAUAACACCCUCUUAAAUACUUUGUGUUGUGUUGCUCUCUUCUCAUUGUUACAAUCACAUGGAACAAUCAUGUAAGCUAUUUUGUGUCCAUCUAUGCAAAUGUGUUGCAGAUAUUUUUGAUAAGUAAGAAAAUAAAUUUCUAUUGAUUUUUUA